CUUCCCAGCGCACACAUUGUGACGACACGGCUCAAUAGCGGCGGAAGCCGAGUACCGGCCGCUCUUUUUUGUUUUGUCAACAGCACGUCGGCACCAGGGCCGGACGGUCGGAGUGGGCGGGGCCUCUCCUUCCCUCCCUUGAAUGUGUGGAAAUUCAAAAGGAUGAGAUUCAAUGAUGAAAGUGCUCAGCUGAAAAUCGAACCACUUCUUUUCCAUCCGAAGCUCACGGCACCUUGCAUGACAACACGGCGGAGAGGCCACAGUAGGAAAAUGACAAAAGGAUAACUAAUGAAGGACGACAAGGCUACCUCAAAGAUCCGCACGCAUAAAAAGAUAGGAAGUGACCGAGAGGCGCUAAGUGUUGGCAGGAGGGCCGCAGAGUGAGAGAAAGGCCAGCAAAGGGCAGCGUCUCUCGCCAGCAGCUCCAAUAGUUCCCCGCGGAUCUGUCACGUCUCGUUUCGGUCAUCCUGACUCCCUGCCCUCCCUCCUCCGACUCCUCCAAUUAGUCCUCCCUCCGAUUGACCUCCUUUUCAUAACCUUAGUCCAGCUCUUGUUUAUUCUCAGGACAUUUCAGCAGACUUCAGUUUCCUGCCUAGUAGCAGCACUGAAGCACAUACAGCGGGAGCGAAAAUAAAAUCAAAAAUUCAAGUGUGUUACACUUUUUUGACUCCAAGAGAGAGCGAGAGAGAGCGAGGACGCCCCCCCCUCAAUUCUCAGCAUCUCCUCUCGCAGCUGUCGGGCAUCUGCUCUCAAUGAACGUGCCGGAAUGAAUGAAAACCCCAAAAGCUACGGAAGAGAGACACUUUUCGCACUUUCACACACGCACACACACACACACUCCUCCCACAUCCUCCCUCAAGUGACAAACAGGUGCUUCUUUGAAAUCGGAUAAGACGAAAUACCCAAGCUUUGUUCUGCUUCUUUGGGAACGUAAGAUUGAUGUGUUGUGGGAACGGACUUGGAGGAGUAUCCGUCCAGUAUCUGGUGUGCACCCUCGGUGAAGGCGCUGAGAAGUAUGAGGGUGCAACUUUGGUUUGUGAAAUUGGACACCUCAUGCCUCAGUGUGGGAGUAGAGAAUCAUUUCAUCCUUUGAAUUGUACGCUUGAAAAGAUAAAAGUCCCAAUAAUGUAUCUGGUCACAUGUUGAGGCCUCUGUUUUUCGAAGGUCUCAUUUGCCAUCAACAUCUGAUCUUCCUCUGUCUCCCAGGCAACAUCUUGGACAGCAUGCCGCUUCGAGCAUCCAAUAAGGAGGCAGCGGCGGAUGGCGGGAAGGAGAGCGGCGGAAGUGCCUCCCCCACUUCCUCGUCGCAGCGACAGCUUUUGUGUCACUGCAUCCACCACUGUCCGGACGACUCCAUCAACAACACGUGCAGAACCGACGGCUACUGUUUCACCAUGGUGGAGGAAGACGGGGACGUUCCGGUCUUCACUGCGGGUUGUCUGGCGCUCAUCGGGUCAGAGUUUCAGUGUCGAGACGAAUGGAGCUCGCGCCAACAGAGGACACUGGAAUGCUGCACAGAUGAAGAUUACUGCAACCAAAAACUUCAUCCCACUCUGCCGCCUCUCAAUCCGCCUUUCUAUGUUGAUGGAAAGAUCCACCACAUGGCCUUGGUGAUCUCCGUCACUGUCUGUAGCAUCAUUCUGGCUGUUAUCGUUGUCUUCUGCUACUUCAGAUAUAAGCGCCAGGUGUCUCGUCCUCGUUACACCAUCGGCCUCGAGCAAGAUGAGACCUACAUUCCUCCCGGAGAGUCCCUGAAAGAUUUGAUGGAGCAGUCGCAGAGCUCUGGUUCAGGCUCAGGGCUCCCCCUGCUGGUGCAGCGAACGAUCGCCAAGCAGAUCCAGAUGGUGACGCAAAUCGGCAAAGGCCGCUACGGCGAGGUGCGCAUGGGUCGCUGGCGAGGGGAGACGGUGGCAGUUAAAGUCUUUUUCACCACCGAGGAGGCCAGUUGGUUCCGUGAAACCGAGAUCUACCAGACGGGCCUCAUGAGGCACGAGAACAUACUGGGAUUCAUCGCGGCGGACAUCAAAGGGACCGGCUCAUGGACGGAGCUCUACCUGAUCACCGACUACCACGAAAGCGGCUCGCUGUACGACUACCUCAAAUCCACCACGCUGGACAGCAAGGCCAUGCUGCGUCUGGCCUACUCGGCCGUCUCGGGCCUGUGCCACCUCCACACGGAGAUCUUCGGCACGCAGGGGAAGCCCGCCAUCGCCCACCGUGACCUGAAGAGCAAGAACAUCUUGGUCAAGAGGAACGGCGCGUGCUGCGUCGCCGACCUGGGUCUCGCCGUCAAGUUCAUCAGUGACACCAAUGAGGUGGACAUCCCCCCCAAUACCCGAGUGGGCACCAAGCGCUACAUGCCCCCCGAGGUUCUGGACGAGACCCUGAACAGGACUCACUUCCAGUCGUACAUCAUGGCCGACAUGUACAGUUUCGGACUCAUCCUGUGGGAGAUCGCCCGCCGCUGUCUGUCAGGAGGCAUUGUGGAGGAGUACCAGCUGCCCUACCACGACUUGGUCCCGAGCGACCCAUCGUACGAGGACAUGCGCGAGGUGGUCUGCAUCAAGAGACAACGUCCCUCCUUCCCCAAUCGAUGGAGCAGCGAUGAGUGUUUGCGUCAGAUGGGAAAGCUGAUGAGCGAGUGUUGGGCUCAUAAUCCGGCGUCUCGCCUCACGGCUCUGCGGGUGAAAAAAACCUUGGCCAAGAUGUCGGAAUCGCAAGAUAUCAAGUUGUGAGGCUCGCGAGGCUCAAUUACUCACACGCAUGCGUGACCAAGGGUUGCUUUCUGUGAAAGCUCAUUUAGCUUGUAGAAGAAGAAAGAAGGAGAAGCGUGAAUGUGUCCCUUAAAAAAUGGACAGUGAGAAACACGGGCUGGCACUAUGUGACAAAGUGUACUGUGAGGCUUUAAGAUAUUUUUCUUCAUGCUUGUUGCAUUUGUAGAGUGUACAAAUGUAUUGUUUUCUCCUUGUCAUGAUUUAUGUAUUUUUCAUGUCAAACAUUAUUAAAGUAUUUGUUAGAAUU